AUGAGCCAAAAGUUGAACGAAUUUUCGCCGAGGGACGGAGAAAGCCAAACCAGGCGCAACCAACGGUCGAACCAUGCGCACGAUAAUGGAUCGACCUACGCAGAGAAACUUUCCAGCCAGAAGACCCCAAAAGUGCACACGGAAAAGCAUGGUGGUACCGAUGUUCAGGAGGGGAAACGGAAUCAAAAUUUCCCUUCGCAUCGCUGCUCGGUCAACCAUGAUGUGGACCUGGUGAAGCUGCUCGUGCCGGCCGACACGGUCCUACGCAGAACCGAACGAUGGUGGCGUAGGCUUUGUCUGAUCGAUCCGCAGAGCACCCUGACGAGGCAAAUUUUCCGCAGUGACGCCGCGAUAAAGCGCGAAAUUUCACGCCAUCUGACCUAUUUCCGCUACAGCAUACAUCCACUGAGCCGCUUCCGAUUCAUCUGGGAGUGCCUAAUGAUAGUGACGUUUGCACUGGCGUUCCAGAUGAUACCGUACGACGUGAUGCUCCUGUUCCGGGCCGGUGAUUAUUAUCCUUUCACGUCGUUCCACGCGAUCCUGUUGGCGAUUGAUGUUGUCUGCCUGUUGGAUAUAGGAAUGUCUUUCAUCACCGGAGUGUACGUGCACCGAACGCAACGGGUCGAGCUAAAUCUGAAGCAAAUCCGUAAGGAGUACCUUCACCCCUGGUUCUGGAUUGAUAUAGUUAGCUCGGCUCCGGACCCAAUGAUUACCAGACUGAUUCCCUCCUCAACGCUGGACAACUCGUUGCUGUAUUGCUUACACAAACUAGACUUUCAUCCCGGAUGUGCGUGGGACUUCUGGAACCUUAUAUCGGUGCUGAAGAUAUUUCGCUUCCGCACCUUUCUCCGUUACAUCAGACGGCUCUGUCAACGUCUUGGGUUGCGUCGUAACGUGACCAAAUUCACCACCAUUAUAAUCACCGUUCUGACCGUCUUCCAUUGGGGCACUUGCAUCUUGUUCCUCGUCGUACGCCUAGUGCAGGGAACCGAUCCAGCGCUAGUGGACCCACGAUCGUGGACACAUACGAUCCCAUUCUGGAACCAGUCGUCGUUUGUGCAAUACCUGGAGUGUUCCUAUCGGACGUUGUACACCGUGACCCACAUCACGCAUGACUUCAGCGAGUCCGUGACGUAUGAAGAUAUGAUGGUGUCGCUCGUCUACACCAUAUGCGGGUACAUAUUGAAAAUCUACCUUCUGGCCGAGUUGUUUAUUUUCAUUCGCAUUCUCUUCUCGAGCACGAGCAAGUAUCACGAGAACCGCUACGAACUGGGCAACUAUAUGCGCCACGAGCAGCUUCCGGCUUCUCUUCAGCAGCAAAUUCUAGAGUUCUAUGACAUCCGCCAUCCGAAACACUACAGCCGUCCAACGUUCAUCCGGGCGACGGUCGGCGAACAGCUCUUCGGUGAAGCGCGAAUGGAAACUCUUGGACCUCUGUUGCGCUCCUGUCCGCUUUUUCGGGAAACUAUGGCCGAGGAACAGCUGACCGAAUUGGCCGUCACGAUGUGCUUUCAGCUGUUUCUGAGGAACGAUAUCAUCACACGCUGGGAAAACGAUGGCGCCGGUGGCGUCGGAGGUCGAAAGGCGAAUAGGAAUAUGAUAUUCAUCGUCUCCGGAACGGUGGCAGUCUACACGAGCGGAUGGAAGGAAGUGCUGCAGUUGGAAGAUGGCGAACACUUUGGCGAGUUGCAGCUCAUUUUUGGCGAUGAUAUGGUAAAAUUCCCACAUUUUGUUGCCGUGGAAACCACGGAAUUAUACAUGCUUUCUCGAAAUGCAUUCGAUGCAUUUCUUCACCCCUACCCAACACUUCGCAAGAAUCUGGUCGCGCUGGGAACGGAAUACCUCCGGCAGAUGGGUCAGAUGACGGGCAGUGGUGCGCGCGAACGCCUGGCGAAUGUAGAAACGGUUCGUAUGCAGACAGAAAUGGCCGAUUGA